AUGGCUACCACAGCGCAUCCAUACCGUCAAAAUUUGGCUGCAACAACACAUGCGAACUAUGACGUAGAAAACGCGGGAAAUGGGGGGGAUUUCUCGAGCAAAAUGGUCAAUGGGGCGCAGGAAGACGUUGGCACACCACAACAGUACGAGAGAUACGAGCCAGGAGCUGCUCUGGAUCCUCCUCAAUCCGUUCAGCAGCAUCGGAAAGCCGUUUCGUCGCCGGUGACAUCCACUAUUGGAACUCCCGUUUCCUCGAGGUCCAACCUUCAAGACUCACAUACCAGUCUUUCAGAACUUCGUGUUGCUUCUGAUGGGGGUCCGUCGAGACAAUCCCGCAAAAAUAGAAAGUCGCUCGACCUUUCGCAUUUGUUUCUGCUGAGCGACAAAGAUACCCAAUUCACGGCUACCAAUGAGAGCGUGGCAGACCUUUCGCACCAGAUGAUCUCGGAAUAUCUGGGUGAAGCCAACAAUUCGUCGCUUGUGCCCCGUUUGAAGACCAUUGAGAUGUACAAGCAGAAUGUUAAAAAAUCGAAAGACCCAAAUGUUUUGUUUCAAUAUGCCCAGUACAUGUUACAAACCGCGCUCACCAUCGACACAUCUGGCAUGAGCGGCUCCUCAAUUUCUUUGAGCAAAGAUGGUGGACCCGCUGGACAAGCCGCUGGACACGUUGGUAAACCUGAUGCACACGGAGAUAUGCGAAGACAAUUUCUAAAAGAAGCCGAAACUUAUCUGAAAAAACUCAGUGUCAAGGGCUACGCAGAUGCGCAAUAUCUCUUGGGAGACGCAUAUUCGUCCGGUGCGUUUGGUAAAAUCAACAACAAGGACGCUUUUGUGUUGUUCCAGUCGGCCGCUAAACAUGGCCAUGUGGAAAGUGCCUUCAGAACAGCGUAUUGUUUUGAAGAAGGGUUAGGAACCACCCGUGAUUCACGCAAAGCCGUCGAAUUUCUCAAGUUCGCUGCCAGCAGAAAUCAUCCGUCUGCAAUGUUUAAACUAGGCCUGUUUUCCUUCCACGGACGCAUGGGUCUGUCUAAUGACAUCAGCACAAAACAAAACGGUAUCAAAUGGCUAUCUAGGGCUGCAGCGCGUGCCAAUGAGCUAACCAAUGCUGCUCCUUACGAAUUGGCCAAGAUUUAUAAAGAUGGGUUUUUGGAUAUUAUCAUACCGGAUGUGAAGUAUGCAAUGGAGUUGUACAUUCAGGCCGCUUCUCUCAAGCAUGCCCAGUCUUCUACUGCAUUAGGGAAAAUCUACGAAUCGGGCAACGAAGUGGUUCCUCCUGACACCAGUCUGAGUGUCCACUACUAUACACAGGCCGCACUUCUUGGCGAACCACACGCAAUGUUGGGGCUUUGUGCCUGGUACUUAAUGGGUGCCGAACCAGUUCUCGAAAAAGACGAGCGGGAAGCCUUCCAAUGGGCUUUGAAAGCCGCCAAUCUGGGGUUGCCCAAGGCUCGGUUCACGGUGGGUUAUUUUUACGAGAAGGGUAAAGGAUGCGAGGCCGAUCCUGCCAAAGCACAGCAUUGGUACGAGCUAGCUGCCAAGGGGGGUGACGAAAGAGCUGCCAACAAACUGGGUGGUAAAAAUGCAGUUUUCCCUAAGAGGCAGAAAAGUACUACGACGCUCAAUUUGUUCUCAUCGGUUUCCAAUACCAACUUAUUAGACACAAAUGGAGCAACUGUGUCAAAAGCUGUGGACCUUGAUACUUCCAACCAACCCUCGGUGCUGGCGCCUUUGGAUGCGAGUGGUCCCGGUGGUGAAACUUCGGGUCCCGACAGUAAGGCCGCUUUCAACUUGACCGAUGACGUGGUACCGAAACCUAAGAAUACUGAUCAGUCGCCUGAUUCCGGUAGGAAAGACAAGAAAUUAAAAUCCAAGAAGAAGGGCAAGAAGUGCGUCAUUAUGUAG